AUGGCGGCGGCCGAGGGCUCCYUCAGCAUCGUGGAGUACUUCGGCGGAGAGGAUGGCUACCGCUGCGGCUACUGCAAGAGCGAGAGCGGCAACCUGUCCCACGGUAUGUGGGCACAUUCGAUGACAGUUCAAGAUUACCAGGAUCUCAUAGACAGAGGAUGGCGAAGAAGUGGAAAAUAUGUCUACAAGCCCAUAAUGAAUCAAACGUGUUGUCCUCAAUAUACAAUAAGAUGCCAGGCUUUGCAUUUUCAGACCUCCAAAUCUCACAAGAAAGUUCUGAAAAAAAUGUUGAAAUUUCUUUCUAAAGGAGAUGUUUCAAAAGCUGUGGCUGGAGAAGAACCUAUGGAUUCCCAUAUAGAGGAUAUAGUCUCAGACAAUUAUGAAUACAGAAAUGAAUCCCAUGUCAGUCAGGCUGAAUUGACACCCUUCAGUGUGGAUGACACAGAGAGAGUGGAGACUGAAGACAAGGAAAAAGAGGAAGUAAAAGACGAGGUGAAUGUGAAGAAAGUGGAAUCAGGUUCUCUUCAGAUCCAUGGAGCUGAGGACACAGCAGCCCCUGGAGAAUCAUCACAUUUGACUAAAACUGCCCAUGCGUUGCCCAAACCAGGCAAAGGGGCUGAUCUGAGCAAGCCACCCUGUCGGAAAGCCAAGGACAUACGGAAGGAAAGGAAACUGCAAAAGCUCCUUCAGAACCAGACGUGCGUGUGCGAUGGCCCUGCCCUUCAGGCAGGAGAUCAGGCUUUACUCUURCAAAACUCUAAAUCUAAAGCAAAUCAACCUAAAACCAUUGAAGACUUCAUUUUUGCCUCUCUGCCUGAUGAUGCAGUGCACAAAUUAGAGGUGAGGUUAGUACCUGUCUCCUUUGAGGACCCCCAGUUCAAAUCAUCCUUCAGCCAGUCAGCCGCUUUAUUUGCCAAGUAUCAGAUGGCCAUACACAAGGAUGCUCCUUCUGAGUGUGGCGAGAACGAGUUCACGCGAUUCCUCUGUGAUUCUCCGCUUGAGGCAGAGAAUCUUCCAAGUGGACCCGAUUGUGGCUACGGUUCUUUUCACCAGCAGUACUGGCUGGAUGGGAAGAUAAUCGCCGUAGGUGUCAUCGACAUCCUUCCCUGCUGCGUGUCCUCCGUGUAUCUCUACUAUGAUCCAGACUACUCUUUCUUAUCUUUGGGAGUCUAUUCUGCAUUACGGGAAAUCGCUUUUACUAGGCAACUCCAUGAAAAAGCUUCUGAUCUCUGUUUUUACUAUAUGGGUUUUUACAUUCAUUCAUGCCCCAAAAUGAGAUACAAGGGUCAGUAUAGGCCAUCUGACUUGUUGUGUCCUGAGACGUAUGUCUGGACGCCUAUUGAACAGUGUCUGCCCCUGCUUGAGCGUUCUAAAUAUUGUCGUUUAAACCAAGAUGUAAAAGCAGUUGAUGAAGGUUGUGUUAAGGAGCUGGGCAGAGUUAAAGUACUUCACAAGCGAACCGUAAUGCCUUACAGCGUGUAUAAGAGAAGAAGGAAGGGGCCAAGUGAUGAAGCCAGUGUUCAGCAAUAUGCAAGUUUGGUCGGACAGACCUGUUCAGAAAGAAUGUUGCUGUUUAGAAGCUGAAAAAGUCAUUAAAUGGCRCCUGAAUGGCACCACAGUUCAUUGCACUGCCACUGGAUGAUAUGUAAUAUAGUUGUGUGUUAGUACGCCUGUUAAAAUAGCAGUAUAAAAUACAGAUAUAUAUCUAGGCUGUUUGAAUACAUGGUUCUUUAUUUAAAGACAAACUCCAUUAAAAGUUCUGACAAUACAAUAAGGUGUUAGCAAUAUAAACUUAGAUAAACAUGCUUGCAAUAUAUUUUAAUUAAGUAGUUCUAGCCUUUCUUUCAAUUUUGAAUAAUUCUAAGCAUCUAAGCAAAGUGAAGAACAAGUGUCUUUUUUUAUAGAGACAAAGGUUACCUACAGCUAGGCUAACAAUACCUAAAUUACAGAUGUUUUCAGGUAGYACCUUGGAUGUCAAUUAUUAAAAACUGCCAUGAAAUCAAUGCUCCAAUUUGUAUGGUUCUGAACUAUUKCAAGAGAAUUCAAAUAUGCAGUUACUUUCUAAUAUGGAAUUUGGCAUUGUUUAAUUCUACUUUAAUAGUAUAUUUAAAAAUAGGAAGAAACAAUACUUUUCACUGUACAUUUUUCAUUUAUUUGAAGUAUCAGGUUAGAUCCUAGUGAAAGGUGGAAUUCACAGUACAUUCUUAGUGGUCAGGGAGGCAAUGCUUUGGAAAACUUCCCCCUUUAGAGAUGAAACAGAACAGUUGCA